UCUCCCUCUUCUAUAAAGAAAUUUGUAAACAAUACCAACAUCUCUAUAAAGAAAUUUGUUCCCUUUUUAAACAAACCCACACAAAGAAAGAGUUCACCCACAAUACCAAAGCUUCAUCCAUGGCGGAGAACGGUGAAGAGAAGCUCAUUCAGAUGGCUCGUCAUAUCGCCAAGACUCUCGGUCAUACUGACACUAUGGCCGACGAUAUUCUUCAGAUUUUCUCCAAUUUCGAUGGCAGGUUUCGUGAAAAGCUGGUUGAGAAGUUGAGUGAUGAAGACCCAAGAUCUCUGGAACAGAAUCUCAAGGCUCUCGACCGUCGAAUCUCUCCUUACGUGUCUGCUGACCAUCCGAUCUGGUCUGACUCCGCCGACGCUUCUUCUUUCCUCGACGCCGUCGACGAGUUGGUGUCGGCCAUCCGAGAAUGGACCCCCAUGGCCGGAGAUAAACCCGUCGCCGCCUGUCUCCACCGCGCCGACGAUUUGCUCCAGCAAUCGAUGUUCCGGCUGGAGGACGAGUUCAGGCUGUUGAUGGACCGAGGCUGCGAGUCCUUCGAUCUGACUCGGUUCCAGAACGGUGAGUCGGCUGCGAAUUACGCGUUCGAAUCGGAGGACGAUGAAGAAGACGAGGACGGUGAAAUGAUCGGCGAGGAAAAUCAGAUCCCGGUGUACUGCUGUGAACCUGUUUACACGGUGGAAAUGUGUAUGACUGGUUUGGAUGAAGUCACUAGUGGAGCAGACGUGUUUGCUUGGUGUGAAGGGCUAUUGCCUCGAAGAUGUGCUACGUACAGUAGUUGUAGAAGAGAGUUUCUCGAGGAGAGCUUGUCGAGGCUAGGGUUACAGAAACUGAGCAUCGAAGAGGUUCAUAAGAUGCCUUGGUCUGAUCUCGAAGACGAGAUCGAUCGAUGGACCAAGGCCGCCAACGUAGCCCUAAGGAUCCUCUUCCCCAGCGAGCGCCGCCUCUGCGAUCGCGUCUUCUUCGGCUUCUCCUCCGCUGCGGAUCUCUCUUUCAUGGAGGUCUGUAGGGGAUCGAUGAUCCAGCUCUUGAGUUUCGCUGAUGCGAUCGCGAUUGGAAGCAGAGCUCCGGAGCGAUUGUUUAAAGUUCUCGAUGUAUUCGAAACGCUUCGCGAUCUAAUGCCUGAAUUCGAAGCUGUGUUCUCCGAUCAGUAUUGUGUGUUCCUCAGAAACGAAGCGAUUACGAUCUGGAAAAGAUUGGGAGAAUCAAUUAAGGGGAUAUUCAUGGAAUUAGAGAACUUAAUCCGCCGAGAUCCGGCCAAAUCGGCGGUUCCCGGCGGCGGACUCCACCCGAUCACUCGAUACGUGAUGAACUACCUCCGGGCAGCCUGCCGGUCACGGCAAACCCUAGAACAAGUCUUUGAGGAAAUCAUGGCUCCGCCCAGUGGCGGUGAUCGAUCAUUGCCUUCGUCUCCUUUAUCGGUUCAAAUGGCUUGGAUUAUGGAGCUAUUAGAGAGUAAUUUAGAGUCUAAGUCGAAGAUUUACAGGGAUGUUGCUUUGAGUUCUGUUUUUUUGAUGAACAAUGGAAGAUACAUUGUUCAAAAGGUUGAAGACAAUGAAUUGGGUUCUCUGUUAGGCGACGAUUGGAUCCGAAAACGCAAGGUUAAGGUCAAGCAACAUCAUGGGAGUUACCACAGAAGUUCAUGGAAUAAGGUUGUAGCAGUGUUGAAACUUGAUAACAACUAUUUGGCCUCUAAUGGUGCAUCAAAAGCUUUGAAAGAUAAGCUCAAAUCAUUCAACACGUACUUUGAUGAAACAUGUAAAACUCAGUCCAAUUGGGUCAUCUUCGAUGAGCAGCUCAGGGAGGAGAUGAAGAUUUCGAUUGUGGAAAAUUUGUUACCGGCAUAUCGGAGCUUCUUGGGAAAGUUCCAUAAUCUUCAGGACAUCGGGAAGCACGAGAAGCACAUUAGGUACAGCGUGGAGGAGCUUCAGGCUCGGAUUGAUGAGCUGUUUCAAGGAAGCGCUGGAUCGGCUGGUGGCAGCAGAAAGUGAAAGGUGAAGCAAGUAAGCUUUGCUGAUUUGGUUGUGGUGUUGUAUCAUGUCAUGUAUGCUUCUUGUUGGAGCCUGUAGAAGCAAGCUCUGUUGUAUGUAAAUUGUAGUGUUUUUGUUUCCUUGCCCUCUGUAGUCAUUAUUAAUCUAUGUUAAGCACACAAUUAAUCAACGAAAAAAUGCUACUUAAUUAUGAAUUUUAGCUUUUUUUUGAA